CAGGGGCUCCUGGUCUACUUUCCUUUUAGAUCUGUCAUCCUUGGGAGCCCUUCCAAGGCACAUCUCCCCCUUUUCUUUGAAGCUGUUCUCUGGUUCUGUCUCACAGGCAGAAGCCACCCUUGCUUCUGGGGAAGACAGGGGACGUGGGGGAAUUAGCACAGCUGUUUCAAAAGCCAUUCUUGAAUGAAUUACCCUAACAGUUGCCCCUCAGCUUCUCCUGCCCUUUAUCUUUGUUGACUCCACUUGGAGUUUCUUCAAAGCUCCCUUGGCAAGAACCAUAUUUAAUGCACCUUUGGUAACUUGUACUACAUUUUCCUCCCCUCUGGUUUCUCUGUUAAUGCAAAUCUGUUUCUGUCUUCCUGGAAUUCCUCCAAAUUCUUCGUCCACUGAUGGCAUCCUUUCUUGUCUUCCCAUAUUAUCGUUUCAUUCUUUUUAAAAAUUUGAAUACACUUAGUUUAUUCCUGAAAGCUCUUAAUGAAGGAGAGGGUAAAUGUAUGUUGUACUUCAUGCCCAGUGACCUAUUGAGUGUAUUAACAUAUCAAUUCCUAUUAUAUAUAUUUUUAAUUAUUUGUUUCAAUUCCCACUUGAAAAUUGAGUGGUAUGAAUAGAGGUUUUAAAGCCGUUUACAGUUUCAGUUCAGAUGGUGAAAGAUCAUUCUUUUCCUACAUGUACCUUUAACUAUUCAAGCAAGGCCAUGGAGAUUUAUAUAUGCAAAUUGUUUUCCCCUAUUUGAAGCGACUGAAAAUCGUUCAUUGGUUUUGUGAAAUGUAUACAAACUAGCUAUACAAUUGCAUUUCAAUAGAAUCUAGAACAGGGGUCUGCAAACCUUCUCUGUAAAGAGCCAGGUAGGAAAUACCUUAGGCCUUGUGGGCCAUAUGUCAGUGUCACAACUAUUCCACUCUACCGUCGUGGUGUGGAAGCAGCCAUAGACAGGACAUGAACUUUACUAAUUGGACACCGAAAUUUGAAUUCAUACGGUCUUCCCAUGUCAUGAACUAUUACAUCCAGAUUUGGCUCAUGGACUGUAGUUUGUGGAUUCCUGGUCACAAGGGAAAAUGUCUGUACUGUCAGCAGAUUUUUCCUUUUAGCUUUCACGUUUCCAUUCAUAACUGUAAAAAUGCACUAUUUGGGGGGCAAGAUGUAGUAACACAGACUUCAUGUCUUAGUGGGAGCAGUUCCACCACAUUCUGUUAGUUUUUCUACCUUUUCACAUUUCACUUUGAGCUAGAAAAAGCCCAGUUUGUGGAAAUGGUUGGUCAGCCAGCUUCACAGUUGAGCACCAAUUAAAAUGGGCAACAUAAGCUCUUACUGUGGAGAGAUUUCUUCUUCCGUGGUGAGGUUUUCUAGAUGAAUCUGGCAUGGCUGAAGGUGUGGCGGAGCCCGGAAAACGUUUUGGCGUUCUUGUAUAGCCUGCUGCCUCGAGAGGAAAGGUCGUUCGGAUUGUCCCACUGUGUCUAGGUGCUGGUAUUUUUAGACGUGUUCGGCUGAGAGUCCCGACCUUCACUUGUGUCUCUAGCACUGCCGUGCAGGCUGUUACACUGCUUUGUACACCGUGUGCCAUGCCAGCGCGUGUGCCGUGGUGGCAGUGACGUUGGCAGAUGGAGCAGGUGGAAUUCGACCUCUGUUUAUUCCCUUGUGUGCCCUGGCAAGGCAGCAUUGCAGUUGUCCUGGCUGUCCGUGCUGUCGGAGAUGCUGAUGAGCAAGAGUCCAAGGUGCGAGGAACUUUCUCCGGAGCCAGACCUCUUAGUAAUUGUGCAAUCUUAAAAAAAACUGUGUCCUCAUGUCGUAACCUCAGUAUCUGUUUUUGUGAAAUGGUGAAUACAGUACCUCCUUUGCCAGAUUGUUGGAAAGAGUAAUGAAAACACACGGAAGCAGUAUGGCGUAUGCCAGGCUUUCAAAAGUGAACAGCCUUCCCUUUAAACCCGGAAAGUGAGCUUCACUACGUAGAAUAGCUAACCUUUAACUGACCAGUUAGGAUGUAUAUCAGGUUUAACUCAAUCCUCAUAGUAACACGGUGAAGUACAUUAGAGUGAUCCCCAGAUGAAGAAACUGAGGCGCAAAAUGGUGGCUAACUUGGUCAGGGUCCUAUUAGUAAAAGGAACUGGGAUUUGAAGCGAGGCACCCUAACUUGAGUCCCCGCGUUCACGACUGUUUUUGCCUCUGCUAAACGAAAGCCUGGCCUUACUGAGAAAAGUUGAAGCUUUGGCCACAGGGGUUUCACGAAAGAACAUACCUGAUUGCCGAGUGCUCCAGGCAUGCCUGUCACAUUCAGUCAGGAGUGCUCAACAACAGAAAUUUGAAGACUGGACGUUGGCUAAAAUACUUAACCCUCACCGGAAAGUCGUCUCUUCCUAAAUUGGCACUUAGAAUCCAGCCCCUAGGAUCCAGGAUUUAAUGUACUACACAUCCACACUCCUACACAAAACUUGAAGGCGGUUAUGUGUGUUUACCAGGUCGACCUGCUGACCACCACAGAGAGAGGGUCCCAACUACAGUCUCACAAAACUCUAGAAAGAUAGUUACAUUUCAUAGUGACUCAGGACAAGUCACUUAAGCUUAUGAACUUUAGUGUCGUCAUCUAUGAAAGAGCCAAGGAGUUUUUGAGAGGGUAACAGAUCACAAGUAAAAGUGCUCAGUAUACCAUAAAACGCACUACCAGUGUAAGGCAGUUCUUCAUCAGUGUUUGACAGAAUUCCUUGGGGCUUUGCUGUCUCUUGGCAUCUUUUCUAAUGUAUGUAUGUAUGUAUGUAUGUAUGUGUGUAUUUGGUUAGUUACCCCAAGAAGCCUAAUGAAAAUUAGCUACUGAACAAGGGAAGUAAAUUUUCUGAGGUUUCAACACAUGGCCAGCAGAUGGCAGCAUAGGAUUGCUGUUUCCAUGAUGGCUUCCUGUGACGUUGGUCGUUUACAGUUUGUGUAUGCUCUGCUCUUUGAGGUUUCCUUGGGCCCAGGGUUGGUGAGCUCCAGCAGCUUCCCAGUGUGCUCCAUGGGACACGGCACGAGCAGGCUCUAUAGUGCUCUCGCCAAGACACUGAACAGCAGCACUGCCUCCCAGCACCCGGAGUAUUUGGUGUCACCUGAUCCAGAACAUCUGGAGCCCAUUGAUCCUAAAGAACUCCUUGAGGAAUGCAGGGCUGUCCUGCACACUCGACCCCCCCGAUUCCAGAGGGAUUUUGUGGACCUGAGGACGGAUCACCCCAGCAGCCACCCACCUAUUAGGGUCAUGCAGUGGAACAUCCUUGCCCAAGCUCUUGGAGAAGGAAAAGACAACUUUGUGCAAUGCCCUGUGGAAGCACUCAAGUGGGAAGAAAGGAAAUGUCUCAUCCUAGAAGAAAUCCUGGCCUACCAGCCUGAUAUAUUGUGCCUCCAAGAGGUGGACCAUUAUUUUGACACCUUCCAACCACUCCUCAGUAGACUGGGCUAUCAAGGCACAUUUUUCCCCAAGCCCUGGUCACCUUGUCUAGAUGUGGAACACAACAACGGACCAGAUGGCUGUGCCUUGUUUUUUCUCCAGAACCGAUUCAAGCUAGUCAAUAGUGCCAAUAUCAGGCUGACGGCCAUGACACUGAAAACCAAUCAGGUGGCCAUUGCACAGACCCUAGAGUGCAAGGAGUCCAGUAGACAGUUCUGUAUCGCUGUCACCCACUUAAAAGCACGCACUGGCUGGGAACGAUUUCGCUCAGCUCAGGGUUGUGACCUUCUCCAGAACCUCCAAAACAUCACUCAAGGAGCCAAGAUUCCCCUUAUCGUCUGUGGGGACUUCAACGCAGAGCCAACAGAGGAGGUCUACAAACACUUUGCUUCCUCCAGCCUCAACCUGAACAGUGCCUACAAGCUGCUGAGUGCUGACGGGCAGUCAGAGCCCCCGUAUACUACCUGGAAGAUCCGGACCUCAGGGGAGUGCCGGCACACGCUGGAUUAUAUCUGGUAUUCUAAACACGCUCUGAGUGUGAGGUCAGCUCUUGAUUUGCUCACCGAAGAACAGAUUGGACCCAACCGGCUACCGUCUUUUAAUUACCCUUCAGACCAUCUGUCCCUAGUGUGUGACUUCAGCUUUAAUGAGGAACCUGAUGGACUUUUAUAAAUGCUCUUCUGUGUCUUUUUCAUCACAAGAAGUCUUAACCAGGGAUGUUUCAGGAAACUGAAAUAGGAUAAAAAGUUGCCUGAGGAAGGAUUCCCAAUUUCUUUUACAUCAUUUUCCGUGUUUCCAGCAUGCCCUUGGGAACCCAGGAAUCCCAUUAGUCCACAAACCUUUUCCAUUAAAACCUACAGCAAAAAAGGUGUUUGCACUCCAGUUUUGGCUUGUAUUAUUUUCUUUCCCUUAGCAUUACAUUUUGAUCAUUUAAGGGUAUUUCAAUUAGGCUUGUUUUGUAGCUUUUUUCAGUUUAAGGAUGCUAUAUAAAAACAGACUUGCUUGAGUCCUCCGUAGAUAAUAAUAAGUAUACAGGAGCAAUUUCUCUAGAUAGCAUUUCAAGUUAUUUAUUUGUGGGUUUUUAGAAUGCCAACAAGAUAUGCAUGGCAAUAUUUAUUUUUUUAUAUCUUCAUGUAAGAUGAAGUAAAUAAGAACAUUAUGAACAUUUUAAACCCUUGCAAACCAUAAGUUAUAGAGUAAUUUAUAGUGAUUUUCUUAAAUCUCUAAGAUGUUUUUACUUCAGGUCUAACAGUAGCCAUGUACGAAGGGACUAUUUAGCCUGAAGGCAUUUUUUUGUUAUUUAAGUGACAAUAUCAGGUUUCCUUGAUGCAUUCUUCAUAAGUAAUGCUUGCUAUGCCUCCAUGUUCCCAUAAUUGUGUUUCUUAAAGAGAUUCCAUGGCCAGUCAGUCUUCAUUAUUUAAUCACUGUUUUGCAUUUAUCGUUUUCCAUUGGAAUGCUAUGGUAUAUACAUUUGAAGUCACCCAGUGUCUAUUUGUAUUGGACUGUGCUUUUCACAAUUAGGAACUGUUAUGUGGCAGUAGCUAAGAAAGUAAGUGGGACCUGCUUUUCAGAGACGGGAAAGUAGAAAGCCUAUUAACGAAGCUGUCAUUGAAAUUUCCUAAGAUAGCCAGGUGACUAGUUCAAAACAUCUAGAAAGAAGAGUAUAAAAAGUCUGAAAGAUAACCUGGAAUUCUCUUCCAUAGGAAAUAAAAGUGGUAAAGAUAACAGGCGAAGCCCCCUCCAAACAAAAUCCCAACAAAUAACCUAUUGGUAAUAAACUGGUAAAUAUUUUAACCCAUGAGUUGUAAAUAUUUAAGAAUAAUAAAUGGUCUUUUAAAGCUAGUGCUUUUAAUAUCUUGUCUUUUUAGUCCAAAAAAGAAUCUGGGAGUAGAUUUGAUCUUUGAAUACUGUUAACAUGGUGACCGACAGUAUCCAUUUACCCACAGACCUUCAUUUUCAAAGCGGACAAAGGUGGGUCUGUAGCUGCACAUGAAAGGCAUCUGUGCUGUGCUUAUGUAGUAUCUCUAGGCAUCAAGGUUGGAGUCCCCCAAAAUGGUUCACCCAAAUGUUCUGCAUUGGAGCUACUUUGGAAACAAAUGAGGUUUUCAGUACAUUGCACACACAAAAUCUUAGGGCUGCCUGGAAGGAAUGGUAAGCAGGAAGAACAUCUAUACCAACUGUCAUUUGGUUCAAUAAUGGUAAUCCUAUGCUGUUGAGGAACAGAAUACUGAUUAGAAUACUCACUAGUACCAGCAUUAAAUAUUGUUUGCCUACCCCAAAGUACACCAGCCUGAAGAGAAACUAUCACAACAGCCUUAAGCAAACCAUUCCAGAUGAGUAUGAAAGCCAAAAUAAUGUCUGAAUUUAAAAUGUCCACCAAUAUAUGAAUUAACAGGCGAUGGGUUGAGUGUUAGGCUCGGGGUUGGUGGGAAUGCUAAUGAACAAAAAAAA